UGCAGAUACCGAUCACAACAUCUGAGGAGUGUCUCGUCAAGAGAAAACAAAGAGAAAGAUAGUGACUGAGCUUGAACCCAUCGUCAUAGAUCAGAGCAUAAUUAUUUUCGUGUCCUGUCUUGCUGCACUUUCCUACGCUUUGCAGUGCGAAAUAGUAGCAGCAGUAAACCAGGCAAAAUGUAAAUGAAUGUAACUGCUACAAUGCUCGCAGCGUGCGUUACUUCUCUGGGCAAGGGGAAACAAGUGCGGAAGGCAAGGCGUAAAAGUCUAUGCUUUUAUUCCUGGCAGACGAACCACCACUGUACCUCUACAAAGCAGACGGCCAUCGUUUAAAAAUAACAUUGCGUUUUGUGGCUUUGAUUGUCUUUUCUGCUCCGCUUGGUGGUAUUGCGUUCCCUAGGCCGUGUGUGGAGUACUUUGACCUGCUUGAAGGCAUCAUGGAAUGCACGGACAGAAGGAUCAGGAAUGUGGAGAAGGAGCGCCGUGACUACGUCGCUCUUCAAGAGAAACACUACCGCGAGUGUGCGGAUCUGGUCGAAAGUCCCUGCAAGUAGAAACGAGGGGACUCUCCUUUCUCGCUCUCGUGGAGUUGAAAUGUGCAAUUGCUGCCGGUGUCCCGCCUCGUGCGACUUACCGAGAGCAUCGUCAGCGUUCCGUGCGCGAUUUUCAACGGAAUUCCGGACAUCGUGGACACCAUCUUCAAAAUUGUUACGGGCCCUCUGAAAUUUCGCUUUCUGGAGCCGAAAAAAGGGGGCGCCUCUACCUGGAAGUGAAACAGCUGGUGUCGUCGAAGGAGUCCAACAGGCCUUGCCCCAAACUGGCAGCGAGUUGUGAGUUGGUUAAGGCUAGCAGAACACUCUGUAGUGUGAGGUAUCUCCACACAGCAGAAGUCUCAAGCGUGCUAGUGUUUUUGUUCUCAUUUCCGUCAUCUCGAUUUCUACUAAAAGUGAGCCCUGCGUCGAUUCCCAUGAAGGCACAUUAUUUCAACGCACUUUUUUAUCGAGUUUCCUGCUUAUCCAACAUUAUACGCAUUUUGUCCCCCGUGAACGAUUCCGCCUCCAAAUCUCUCCUCGCUUCAGGCGCCACGACGUGCCCUUCUGUUCAGCCAACCUGCGAGUACACGGCAUGAAUUGUGAC